CAUCUCUAAUAGACAUUUCAUAACCAGAGCGCCGGGCCCGAAUUUCUUCAACGAAAACAUUGCUAAAUCCUAACUGAAAUGAGGCUAACGAAUAAAUUAUGUGCGCAGCACAUUGGGUGGCACUUUAAGAAGCACUGGCUGGUCCAGGGAAAGCGUGUUCCCAAAGAAACUGGAGCGGCUGCCGAGCUCCUAAAACUGGGCGUUCAGGUGAAGAAUCCAGAGGAUCUGGUUAACGCUAAAAUUGAAAGAAAACUGGUAGACAUAGUUGGCACCCGUGAAAAAACGAUUCCUGAGGACAGUAGGCACCCCGACUGGCACUCCACCGUUUGUCACUCCUAUUCUGAUAAAAGCGUGCUAAUUGGCGGAUUGCCACAGGCCCAGGUGUUGACCAACAGCAUCGAGAUCCAGACUUUUCCCAAGCAGAUCGAGGAUGCUAUUGCCAGCCAGCAGUUGCCCAAUUCCGUAGACAAAAGUAUUCGGCAUGCUAUUUUGGCUUCCCACGUGCUCGACGCGGAGCAAGUGAAACUACCCAAGGUUUCGGUGCCUGACCGCCCAGCAUUUAAUCUGCCCCGUUCCUAUGGAAUUUCCCACGAGAGGGUUAAUCGUCUGCUGGUGAAUAAACUACUUCAAGAAACCGAAAAGUUAGCGGGACGUCCAGUCUCCAUACGAAGAAAAAUUAUAGACAACGCAACUUUUAAAAGCUCCUUGAGCAAAGACGGUGAACUUUUUGGUUUUUCUAUCAAUGCUGAAAAGGUAGUUUUCGCUAAUCGUGCCAUUGAAGCUGUUAAGGGAAAAUUUGAAGUUGAAUUGCCCGAUCUAUACCCCAUGAAGUCUACAAUAUCUAUCCCAAAACGACAUAUUUAUCAAACCGACAAUUUCUAUCCCUUGCGUACGGACAUCAGUUGUUCCAAUCCUCACACUAUUUUUACGGUUUUCAACAAACAUCAGGUUAGAAACGCUCAUGGAUCCGAGGUCUCACUUUCUCAGCUGCAGGCAAGGACAUUGGUCAAAGCUUUUGUUGUGGCAACGGCAAGAGCCAAACAAUUGCACGGAGAUUCGUUGAACGGUGCUCUGCCUAAACCAAUCGUGGUGCAGAGUGUCCAGACUGACGGUCGAACCUUCCACUUUGGAGUGCUGCAAUUGAACACCCUUGAUCUUGGUGCCAAUAGCACAACCAAAAACUAUUGGUUCCACAGGCCGAACUACGAUAUAUUUUCCGAGUGCAGUUACGAAGCGGGAAGAACGCAUUUGGAAAAUUACAACGGCGAUGUCUUCCGUAUAUUCAAUGCGUUUUAUAACAACUCUUAAAAUAUAAAUGCAAUAAAAAAAUAAACUUUGUUUUUCGUUAUGUCUGUAUAA